CCAUCUUGAUUUCCUGAACUCCUCCCGGCGGAUGACGCCACGCUGUGAAGUGAAUCGCUAAACAGACGCGCGCGCUCACAACAGAAGAUGCAUAUAACGGUGAAUCUCUCGUGCACGAAGUGACUGUACUGCACCUGGAUAAAAUACUAUGGAAGGCCAAUAAUCUCUCUCACAGACAGAGGAAAACAUGUCAGAGAAAAGCUGAGAUCAGAGUUGGAGUCCUGUAGGACCACACACCAUGGCUGCCCAUCGCAUUCGAACAGCAAAUCACAGCACUGCGCUCCCUCGAUGCAAAUCUGAGGGCGCGCUUAUCGAUAUAAGUGAAGGAGUCUCAGAAGCCACCCUUACAGUGCCCACACCUAGUGCCUUACGACUGGAUGCCACUGCCUCAUUUAGCUCUGUCAGGGAAGUUAUUGCCAUCAAGGAUUACUGUCCGUCCAGCUUUACCACUCUGAAGUUCUCUAAGGGAGACUGUCUUUACGUUAUAGAUACAUCUGGUGGAGAGUGGUGGUAUGCACACAACAGUAAAGAGAUGGGCUACAUCCCAGCUGCCUAUGUCCAGCCAGUCAACUGUCGAGAUUCCUCGUUCAGCGAUAGCGGCAUGAUUGACAGCCUAGGAGAUACUUCAGAAGAGGUGAAAGAAAUGGACACCUCUGGGGAGUGGACAGGGCUCUCGAAAGCCACAGAUUCAUGUGCACAAAAUGGAAAUCCUUUUAUUAAUAAGCGGUUGUCAACUAACCCCUUUCUGAAUGGUGGGCUUCAAAGCACACCUGACCAAAACGGUAACCAGAAGUCAGCAAAUCUGUUGGGAUUUGAUAAUCUCUCGCCUCCUAUCUCAAACAACAACAGCACUAUUAACAAUAAUGGGAUUGGAAGUGGGCUAUUUAACUCAGGCUCAGGGACUGGUCAGAAGUUUCGCAGAGACAACCCAUUUUUACGGAGCAAGCGUUGCUAUAGCAUGUCAGAACUAUCAAUCCUUCAGUCCCAGACUGAUGGAUCUCAAUCUUCUUUCAGUUUCUUUGGUGGCAUGAAAUCACCUAAACCUGAGCAUUUUCAGAGUAUAGAGGAUUUCAAAACGGCAUGGUUAAAUCACCGUAAACUGACAAGAUCCUGCCAUGAUCUGGACUCCAUUGGUCAAAACCCAGGCUGGGGGCAAACCCAACCCAUUGAGACCAACAUAGUGUGUAAACUGGACAGCUCGGGUGGUGCGGUGCAGCUACCGAACAGUAGUAUCAGUAUAUAUGUCCCAGAGGGCCACGUGGCAUCAGGUGAUACUCAACAAAUAUCUUUGAGGGCCAUGCUGGACCCACCAUUAGAGCUUAACAAUGAUAAAUGUACAACUGUAAGUCCAGUGGUGGAAGUAAAACUCAGUAACUUGGAGACCAAGACUCCUGUCACUUUAGAGAUGAAGGUAUCUGUCGUGGUGAAGAUAGAGAGCCGCAAAACGGCAGAGGUGGUUUGUGUAAGAAGCGACUGCAAGGAAGGGCCUUAUGUCCCAAUUCCACAUGCAUACAUGUAUGGAGAUACGGUCCAAGUCACUCUAGACAAUUUAGAGCCUUGUAUGUAUGUAUCUGUGGUUGCCCAAGCCCAAGUGUUGGCCCCUUACAACACAGUAUGGGAACACGUCGUAAAAAAAGUUACUCUUGGGGUAUAUGGGCCAAAACACAUCCACCCAUCCUUCAAAACAGUGGUCUCUAUAUUUGGCCACGACUGCGCCCCGAAGACAUUAUUGGUGAGUGAUGUAAAAAAGCACUCACAGUCUACUCCACCUGUCAUCCUCCAGCUCUGGGGAAAGCACCAGUUUGUCCUUACAAAACCUCAAGAUCUUCAGGUCGGCGUGUAUUCCAACAUGUCCAAUUUCGAAGUAAGAGACCUAGAACAGGGAAGAAGCGUAAGGGGCUUUCAGAUAAAACUUGGCAAAGUGGCCCGCCUUGUCUACAUGAUCACAGCCCGUGAUUCUGACGAAAUCUCCGACUUUACGUUGCGAAUUCAGGUCAAGGAUGAUAAUGACUGUAUCCUUGCCCAGUUUUGUGUUCAGACUCCACCUCCUCUACCAAAGACAAGCACAGGGAGCUCUGUGCAAAGGCGUUUCCUGAAGAAAAAGGAAGCCAACAAAAUUGUAUUGUCUCCUCUUGCUGUGACCACAAAGUACCCUGUGUUUCAGGACAGGCUUGUCAAAAACCUGAAAUUUGCCAAGUUGCUGAAAACUGUUAUAAGACAAUCCAAAAGCCAGUAUUUGCUGGAGUAUCUUAAAGGAGAUAUAAUAACACUUUUGAGUGAGGAAAAAAUCAAACUUAAAGGACAUUUGUGGAACAAGGACUGGUACAUUGGCUUCUAUCAUGGAAGAAUUGGGUUGGUGCAUGCAAAAAACAUUCUUAUCAUGGGAAAAGUGAAACCUCCGCAAUGCAAAGGGCCUGAUCUUACCACAACAAUCCUUUUAGAGCAAAUGCUGAAGCCUUGCAUGUGCUUAACUUACAUCUACGCUUCAGUUCGGACAAUACUGAUGGAAAACGUCGCGAGUUGGAGAGCAUUUGCUGAUGCCCUGGGCUACGUCAAUUUGCCUCUGACACAUUUCUGCCGGACAGAACCAGACAGCGAGCCAGAGAAAGUUGCCUCUGUUCUUGAGAGGCUUAAGGAGGACUGCAAUGCAGCUGAGGGCAAGGAGAGGAAGUCUUUCCAGAAGGAACUAAUGAAGGCACUUCUGAAGAUGGACUGUCAAGGCCUGGUUGCACGACUGACCAUGGACUUUGUACUGUUGACCACAGCCGUGGAGGUUGCAGGUCGCUGGAGAGAGCUUGCUGAGAGACUGGCUAAAGUCUCCCGCCAGCAGAUGGAUGCAUAUGAGGCUCCACACAGAGACAGUGAAGGACAGCUGGAAAGUGAGGCCAUGUGGAAACCUGCCUAUGAUUUCCUGGUCACAUGGGCGGCUCAAAUUGGAGACAGCUAUAGAGACGUGAUUCAAGAACUUCACACAGGCUUGGAUAAAAUGAAAAACCCCAUCACUAAGCGUUGGAGACACAUCACCGGCUCCCUUAUUCUUGUCAACUCUCUGGAUCUCCUGCGGAGCUCUGCCUUCAGCACCUCCCCUCAAGAUGACUGUGCCAUAUGAGGAGUCUUGUUUAUACAAUAGUUUUAGUUGUUGGUGUUGCACAACAAAUUGAAAGCCAACUGAGUUCUAAUGAGAUCUGUAGGGGUUUAAUACAAAAUAAAAAAAACAAG